UAUUUUAUUUUUGACGGUAGUGUUUUGCGGAAAUGUGUCGGCUCAUGUGGUAGGGUGGUGAGUCGACAUUCCAAUCUAAUGCCUACCGAUAUUUAAUAAAUUUAUCAAUUAUGUCAGACAUCGAUAAGUGGGGCGACAUAACGAAGGAUUGCAGCUAUUUACCUGAUAAUGAUCUGAAGGUACUGAAGAUGGUUACUGCAUUAGAUGGUGAUAAUUCAGAAUCUGAAUUCGAUGACUCUAGGAAGAGGCCAUUGGAUUCAGAAUUGGAUAAAGAUUCCACUAAACGGUCACACCAGGGCAGUGCUAAUGGAACGUAUCAUUUCAAAAUUUUAAUUCCUUCAGUUGCUGCAGGGGCUAUAAUAGGAAAAGGAGGUGAAACUAUUGCUCAAUUGCAGAAAGAAGCAGGUGCUAGAGUCAAGAUGUCUAAAGCCACAGAUUUUUAUCCAGGAACAACUGAACGGGUUUGUUUGAUUACUGGAAGCAUUGAAGGUAUUGAACAUAUACAUGAUUUCAUUAUGGAGAAAAUCAAAGAACGGCCGGAUCCCAAUGCAAAAAUGGCUAUAGAUUUUGAUCAUAAGCAGCCGGCAGAGAGAGAGAAGCAAGUUAAAAUUCUUGUGCCUAAUAGUACAGCUGGAAUGAUUAUGGGUAAAGGUGGUAGUUAUAUUAAACAAAUUAAAGAGGAAAGCGGUGCCUAUGUACAAAUAUCUCAGAAAUCAAAGGAUUAUGCCUUAGCAGAACGUUGCAUUACUGUGAUUGGAGAGAUGGAUUGUAACAGAAAAGCUUGUCAUAUGAUUCUAAUGAAGAUUAUGGAAGAUCCUCAAAGUGGUAGUUGUUUAAAUGUUAGUUAUGCUGAUGUUACUGGUCCAGUACCAAAUUUCAAUCCUACAGGCUCACCUUUUGCCAAUCCAGAUAGUGUUCCUAAUGGUGCUGUCAAAAAUAGCAAUACUAGUUACAGUUCUAAUAGCAGCUUAAAUAGCCUUAGUCCUACUGUAACUAAUAGUUUCCAAAGUCCUCGAACUGAUACUAAUAAUAUGCCAGGAGUUGCACCUUUUUCUGAAAUGGGAAUAAAUGUUCCUAACAUCCAUCCGAAUGAUGCUGCUCAAGCUAUUGAAUCAAUUAAACUCGUGCUCCGAGGAAAUGGUUACUCAGAACAGGCAGUAGCAGAUAUCAGUGCAGCAAUGAGCACAUUAGCUAGUUAUGGAAUUUUAGGACUUGAUAUAAAUGGGGUGAAUGAACCAGUCGUUAGUGGUAUGAGAAUGCCUAAUUCUGCAAUAGCUAGUUGCUCCAUGCCACCAACUGGCAUGACUAGUAUGGGUAUGUACACAUCCACAUCUGCUGUCACUGGUAUGGAAGCAGUUUCCAAUUCUGUUGCCACAUCUGGUUCCAUGGCAGCAGGUUCAAGCAUGUUUAAUCCUGUUGGAAAUUAUGGAAAUGGAAUGCCUGGAUUGGGUCUGGGACAGGGCUUUACCUCUCCUACUUCAUCUCGUUCGAAUGAUCGCUUCUUUGUCCAAGAUGGAACCGCUGUCUUUGAGCCAUUCCAGCGAACCUCUCCUACCCUUGCUUCACCAAGUGCAGCUGCCUUACCUGUUAAUAAUAAUUCUUUCGGACUAGGAACUGGUAUGAGUUCUGGCACCCCUACUUUUAGAAAAAGCUCAUCAACUGACAGGCCAAGUAGUUUAGAAGUUUCCAAAAAGACUGAGAUUGGAGUUGCUGAAAACAUAGUUGGAGCAAUACUGGGCCCAUGUGGCAAGUCUCUUGUGGAAAUCCAGAGAUGCAGUGGAGCUAAUAUUCAGAUCUCUAAGAAAGGAAUCUACACUCCUGGUACCCGGAAUCGUAUUGUCACCAUCACUGGACAUCCCAAGGCUGUUGACACUGCUCAUUACCUCAUUGAGCGUCAGGUUGCUGCUGAAGAAGCUGAAAGAGCUCAUCAAAAUACCAUGGGUCUGCAUUAACAAGGAUUUCUCCUAGUAUUACUUUGUCAUCAUCAUACUUCUUUGUCCUAUGGUUUUUAUUCUCUCUUCUGUAAACCUGCAAGUGCCGUAUGGUGCUGAGCUGUGUGGUGUUUAGAACCCAAGCCAUCUUUUCAACAUUUUGAGUGAAUAAAUUGCCUAAUUAUCUUGUGAUCAUACAUUAAUAUAUACAUAUAUAAAAACAGACACUGAAAGCUUAUCAUUUAGGAAGUAUUGAAAUAUAGAUUUAUUUGCACCAGUGUUAUAGCUGCUCAAGGAUUUUUGCAAUUGGAAAGGAAACUGGAAUAUUGAUGUCCAAAGCAUAUUUGGCGAAGUAACUUUGACUGAUCCACUACUUUUUUGUGGUGAGAUGAAAGAUUGAUUAUUUAGCUUUUUGAAAGUUUAUCAGAUUUGUUACCUCAUAUUUUGCCCUUUGCCAUGGAAAAAAAAAAAGUGCUUUGAUAAAUCUGUUUUAUGUUGAUGUUUGACUAAGUCAUUUUUCUCUUUAUUUUAUUACUUCUGCUUUUUGCUUUGGGUGGAUGUUGAACUUUGUUGGUGAAGUUAUUUUGAAUGAGAAAUGUGCGAUCUUCCUUCUUAAGCUAAUGUGAACUGGAUGCAUGGUGGGACUCGAAGGUGUUCACACUGUUAUUUAACAAGAUUCACAGAUGAUUGCUUUUACUAACACAUUGUUUUGUUCUUGUUAUUAAUGUUUCUAUUGUUCCUGUAAAAGAUAUGUGAGCCUAUCUCAAUCUAUUGUGGAGAAGGGCAAUAUCCUGUGCUCCGUGAACACCUGUAGAUCAUCCCUUGAGUACAAAGAAAAGAAAUAGAAUGGAAGUUUGAUAAGUGUUAGCUUUCUGACCUUGUUUGUUUAUUUAUAUUUAUUAAGAUUUGAUUUAUUCUAAAUAUUUGUGUUAAUCUUUAAAUCAAAUGAUUUUUUUUUUUUUUUUUUUUUGGUUUUUCUUAUUUAUAAUUUUUUAAGUUAAAUUAUAUUUGUUAAAUAAAUAUGUUAGUGCUUAAACUUCAUAACCAGAUUAUUAAAAAAAAAAAAAGAGCCAUUGCUUAAUUCUGAAUUUUUUAUAUGCAUAAAUCCAACUUCCAAGCUCAUUAAAAGUAUCUGUAAUUUAAUAAGGAAUUCAGCCCUCGCUAUUUGUAACUUGCCUUUUGUUGGAUUUUUUGCAAUGCAUUCUCUGAUCAUCAAUUGCAUACUUUCAAAUGAAUUGAAUUCAUACUUAGCAUCCAUUAUUUCAUACCUCAUGAGCCAUACUAUUGCAGAUUCCAUUGUACUUGAGUUUGUUGUAAAAUUAAUUUCAUCCUCCAGUUAAUAUUUAAUCAUGUACUACUCUAUUUGUGGAACCCUAGCCAUUUUCAAGGCUUGGUACCGUUUCCGUUAAAACCAACUUUCAGCACUGAGAGUUAACAAUGAAUGAUAUCUCAGAUUUGAAAGGUUUUUGUCUGGGGCCCUAUUAAUAGAAUCGUAGCAUUAAAUAGAUAAUGCCAUAAUUAAAAUUCAAGCAAUAACAUUUUUAUUUCUCAAUGUCUUUGCUUUACGCUUUUAGUAAAUAAUGAAAUUCAGAUAUCUUAUAUAAAUAAAUAAAUUGUGAUGUAAUUGAAAAAUAACUGAUAUUAAUUCCUUGAUAUUACUCAGAUUAUUUAACUUAAUAUUUAUUUUCUAAUUACUGUUAUUUAUUAAGGAAUUAAUGACAUUUAUUAAGAAGAACUGUAACAUCUGUGUUGACUGGAGGGUUGAAAUAUAACAUGAAUAAGGUGUUAAAUUGCUGCAGCUAGUCACACCAUGAACAUUAAAUCUGCAGCUCUCCCAUAUUAGAACUCUUCUUUUUAAAAAGCAUUUUGAUCUAUUUAUUACAUAUAUUUCAUAAAAUUUUUAAGAAAUACACAUAUCAUCUGUAAAUUUUCCUUAUCUUAUUUUCUCUUUAAGAGAUGAGAAGAAAACCAUGUCAUGUUUUGAAAAUUUCAUCAUUUAUUAAUUAAUGAAGGAAUCUGUUAUUAUUUUUAUUACCAUUGUUGAUAUAGUUAAUGUUUAUUUGUAAUCUUUUAUAUAGAAAUAAUUUAAUUAAACCAAAUCCUUAAAAAAUAUGAUUUUUCUUUGCAUGCCUUCCAAUCCAGUUUUGUACGUGAACCAUGGCAAUCAUUAAACUUUUUAGUGAAUUUUUAAAAACAUCAAUAAUUUGUUCAUUUAUUUCGUUUUUCUGCGAAAGGAUACUUCUUCUGUACCAUUAACAAGCACCUAUGCAUCUUUUGCUUUGUUUCAAGCACAACAUGCUUAUUUGUGAUUGUUUCAGAUUUUCUAAGAGCAUUUUAUGUAAAUCUCAUUUGUGUCUUCGAUUUUUGCUAACUGGGCUUGGAACAUUAACAAUAGGAUUGUAUUUUGUGAAACUCUUUGCAACAUGCCUAAAAUCUUCAAAAUGAAUAAAUAUUUUCAAAAAAUAA